UUUCAGUGUUGAUUUCAGUAUUCGUGCCGCAACCGUAAGGUAAACAUUUUAUAUUCGUGAGACAUUGUAAGAACGGUACAUUAAACCCUCGGCAAAUAAAAUUUCUCCAUGUAACGUUUUAUUUAUUUAAAACCAAUUGGUUGAGAAUAAAAAUUGACUUCUCUUUUCGCAAAAAAAAGGGCGCGAAAAAGUGCCGGUGAAAAAUGUUACGAGUUCGUUAAAUUAUACUUGAGGGGAGACUUUUUUUUAUGUUUUUUUUUAAAAGUUUUCGAAAGUUAUUAAAAAGCGGAAGUGAGGAGAUUGUUUAUUUUGGUGGUGACUCAGUAGAGGGUAAAAAUAAUUAAAAUAAAACGGAAGGAUGUAUUAUUCCGAUGGACUUGAGGUGGAUGGCAGCUGGGUGCUGCGAGUUUACGUCACGGACCUGCAGGUCGAGAGGAGCCUUCGUGUCAAGGGCGAACUUCACAUCGGGGGUGUCAUGCUUCGUCUCGUCGAAGAUCUCGAUGUGCAGAUGGAUUGGUCGGAUCAUGCCUUAUGGUGGCCAGAAAGAAAUCAUUGGUUGACGAGGACGAGAAGUACUCUGGAUCAAUAUGGAGUUGCAGCUGAUGCACUUUUACAUUUCACACCGAUGCACAAAACACUUCGAGUUCAAUUGCCGGACAUGCGAUAUCUUGAUUGUAGAGUUGAUUUUUCGGUUAAGACUUUUAACGCUGUUAUCAAUCUCUGCAAGGAAUUUGGUAUCAGACAUCCUGAGGAACUUUCGUUUUGCAAACAACUUGAGCCCUGCCACUUGAAGUACAAUUUAAAAGAUCUGCCGGCAAAAAAGAAGAUUGAAAAUCAAAAAAACGGAUGGCACGUUCCAGCUGAUACAAAUACAUUUAUUCCUGUCACACAAAGUCCCAGAGGAUCAAACGGAAGUUUGGAUCAAAGCAGUCCUUUCAUGUGCGCGCCAGUCACGCCAAACAACAGAACUCAUAGCACGCCAAUAAGUUCUCCGAUUUCGACAGGAACAUGGAAGAGAAACAACAAUUCCUCAGGAUUUGGUAGUACCGGAUCGUUUAACGCAAAUAACAGUACAAUGAGUCUUGAGGCAUUAAAUGGUGGACUUUCGGAAUUUCUUGCCCAGAGUCCAUCAUCGAUUUCGCCAGAAGUACGUGGUAAAUUAUCACGUCCAAAAAGUUUAAUCGAACGAGCACGAAUGAAUGUUGCAUGGUUGGAUUCUUCCCUAUCGAUAAUGGAGCAAGGUAUUCGUGAAUUUGAUACCCUUAGGCUCAAAUUCAAAUUCUACUCCUUCUACGACCUCAAUCCAAAAACCGAUUCAGCCAGAAUUAAUAUGAUUUACGAGCAAGCAAAGUGGCAACUUCUCGCUGAGGAAAUUGACUGCACCGAAGAGGAAAUGCUUAUGUUUGCUGCCCUUCAGGUUCAGAUAAAUUUACAAGCGAGUAUUCCACAGCCUAGUUUCGAUAGUAACGGAUCAUCAUCACCAAUGGAGGAUGAUAUAGACGCAGCGCUGACAGACCUUCAGGUUACACUCGAGGGGACAACCAUGAACAACGGUCCCAGUGACAUAACACAAAUUCCUGAACUCUGCGACUAUCUGCGUUUCUUUAAACCAAAGCGUUUCACAUUAAAGGCCUUCAAGCGAUACUGGUUCACAUGUCGUGAUUUACAGCUGAAAUUGUACAAAAGCAGAGAGGAAAUGAACAGCUCCGAGCCACCGUCACAAAUUAUUAAUCUCCGUGGUUGCGAAGUUACACCAGACGUUAAUUUGUCUCAGAAUCGUUAUGGAAUAAGGCUCGAAGUACCGAGUGCCGAGGGCAUGUCGGAAAUGUGGAUCAGAUGCGAUACAGAGUCACAAUACGCAAAAUGGAUGGCUGCCUGUAGAUUGGCGGCAAAAGGACGCACCCUGGCUGAUUCAUCAUAUGAAAGUGAAGUGAACAGCAUUAUCGAAUUUCUUCAACUUCAAAGGCCUGCACCAGCUCCAGCUAUUAGUCCCAAUUCCCUUGGGGACAUUGUACCAGAGGAAUAUGUCGCUUCUCGUUUUGUCAAAAAAUUCAAGGGAAAGUUGGUGCAGAGGAUUUUGGAAGCGCACGCCAACGUAAAAGAUCUUUCGCUGAUUGAAGCGAAAUUAAAUUACAUUAAAGCUUGGCAAUCAUUGCCUGAAUAUGGAAUCUCAUUGUUCGUUGUGAGAUUCACGGGAAAGGGGAAAGAUGAACUUUUAGGAAUUGCAAAUAACAGGCUUAUGCGAAUGGAUCUUCAUAGUGGAGAUCAUUUGAAAACCUGGAGAUACAACACCAUGAAGGCAUGGAACGUGAAUUGGGAAGUGAAACACAUGAUGGUUCAAUUCGAGGAAGGAAACAUUAUUUUCGAGUGCCAAUCGGCGGACUGUAAAGUUGUUCAUGAAUUCAUCGGUGGCUACAUUUUCCUCUCGAUGAGAUCGAAGGAGGCAAAUCAAACACUUAAUGAAGAAAUGUUUCACAAAUUAACUGGUGGUUGGCAUUAAAUUUGCCAACAAAUCAUUUAUAUUCAAUUUAUUCGAAUCGAUAACAAAAAUUCAUAUACUUAAAGAAAUGAAUACUUAAAAAAAUAUAUAUUAAGAAUUAAAUUCAAAAUUGUAAUUCACAAACAAAAAUUCAAAAAAAGAAGAAAAAGAUCCUUUAUUUAUAACAAAAUGCUUACAGGGAUUUAAAAAAAAGCGUUUCAUGAUAAAUUUUAGUAGACCAGAUGAAAUUGUACAUAAAGAGAGAGAGAAUCUAAAACUCUCGGAAUAGCCGGAAAAUUAGUUUAUAACAUUUUUAGCUUUUUUGUCGAUUUUAUUUUUUCUUAAUGCGCAAAGUGCCUAUGGCAAACUGAGACUAAAAAUAAUAAUUAAAAGUUUGCUUAUUGGUCUAAAUGAGAAAAUACUUAAUUUUUCAAGAGACUUUUUACAAAAGAAAAUUGUAAUUUUAAUGCUUCCAAAGUUUACCUUUUAUAUAAUCGAGUUUUACAGAUUUUUUAAUUGUUUUACGAAGAAAUUUUUUAACACCUCGUAUUAAAUUAAGAGAAACGCACAAGAAAUUCCAUUUUAUUAAAAUGGAUUGAGUGCCUUUCAUGUCUAAAUAAUAAAUGUUUGUAUUUGAUUCAUCAGUGAAAAUUAUUUAUAUUUUUUUUUUUACAAAUCUGUUUCUUUUUUAAAUAUCAAAGGAGAGAAGUAAUUCAAUUAUAAACUAGACACUAAUUUUUACUGACUUAUUAUUCUGAUUAUGAAAAAUAAGAAAAAAUAAUUAAUUAAUCCUCCUGCGUCUGUGUAAUUUAAUAAUAUGGAAUUUUAUGAGAGAGAAAGAGAGCAAGAGACAAAGAGAGUGUGCAAUAGAUUUUUUUUAAAUAGAUAAUUUUAAUAAUAAUAAUUACUAUCAUUAAAUUAUUCUUUUGUUUCGUUUUAAAAUAACAAAAAGUAGAUUAUUCUGUUCGGAAUAUUUUAUCAAUUGAAAAAAAUGAUAUUAAAAUUGUACAGUAAGGAAUUGAAUUUGGCGCAAGAGGCUUAAUUUUUCUUUUUUUUUUAAUUAAAUAUAAAGAAAUAUUGAAUUUCGUGUGAAUAUUGAAUAGAUUCGCGAACAGUGUAGUAGGGUGCUAAUCACACGAAAUUCAAAAUAUCCUCGAAAUCGUGUAAAUUAUUUGUUGUUUUCAAAUGUAAACUAGAGAUAUGAAUUUAUAUAUAUUAUAUAUGAAAAAUUAUUUACAUGUCAUGUGACACACAUCACCUACGCCAAUAUUAUGUUAUUACAUAUUACAAUAUAUGUAACCAAAAAUUAUAGUUUUGUAUAUUAUUAGAAUAGAAAGUGUAUAAUAAAUUUAAUUAUUAUUAAUAACA